UCUCGCGCUGCAUUCUGGGAAACAAAGCCAGUAUGCUGCCAGGCAGGCAGGCAACCCGACUUACUUGAUGAUGUGUAGCUAGCUGUUAAGGCAACGCUCCUCAAACCGCACUGGAUACUUUGGUUAACGUUAGUUUUGACGGCAUGUAAAGUGAGCAGGAUAAUCGACUUCCUUGCCUCUUGGACAGACACAAAUCAGAGCAACAAUGGCCGUCGAAAAUGUGAGCGUGGCCUUUAAACUGUACUGUCUGACAGUGAUGACACUGGUGGCAGCUACAUACACAGUGUCACUGCGGUACACAAGGACCAUUUCAUCAGGAGAUCUGUACUUCUCCACAACUGCUGUGUGCAUCACUGAGGUCAUUAAAUUAAUACUGAGUCUGGGGAUGCUGACAAAAGAAACAGGGAGCCUCACCAGACUGAAGAACGCUUUAGUGGAACAUGUCUUCUUUAGCCCAAAAGAACUGCUGAAGCUGAGCGUGCCCUCCGUAGUGUAUGCAGUUCAGAAUAAUAUGGCCUUUCUUGCCUUGAGCAACCUCGAUGCAGCAGUUUAUCAGGUGACCUAUCAGCUGAAGAUCCCGUGCACAGCCUUGUGUACAGUCCUCAUGCUGAACCGCUCUCUCAGCCGGCUGCAGUGGUUCUCUGUCUUCAUGCUCUGUGGGGGAGUAACACUCGUUCAAUGGAAGCCUGCAGAGGCCACUAAAGUUCAGAUUGAGCAAAGUCCUUUUGUUGGGUUCGUUGCCAUCGCUAUUGCUGUUAUUUGUUCUGGAUUUGCAGGUGUGUACUUUGAGAAGGUGUUGAAGAGCUCAGACACGUCUCUGUGGGUGAGAAACAUCCAGAUGUAUCUGUCCGGUAUUGUGGUCACCCUGAUUGGUGUUUUCAUGAAUGAUGGCGAGAAGGUCCUGGAGAAAGGCUUCUUCUUCGGUUAUACGCCCUGGGUGUGCUUUGUAGUAUUCUUGGCCAGUGUGGGUGGUCUGUACACGUCGGUGGUGGUGAAGUACACAGACAACAUCAUGAAGGGUUUCUCUGCCGCAGCCGCCAUCGUUCUUUCAACUGUGGCGUCCGUCCUCUUGUUUGGACUACAGAUAACACUCUCGUUUGCCUCUGGAGCCCUGCUGGUGUGUGUUUCCAUCUACCUGUACGGACUUCCAAAGCAGGACACAUCGAAGCUGAGCCAGAAAGACGCAGACACCGAAUCCAAACAGAGACUGAUCACUGUGUAAGUCACCGAUUUGCAGCAGAGGAGUCUGUCAGCUUCAGCCAUGCUGGAGCAAAAAGCACUUUGUUACUCUUAUUUCGAUGCCUCCAUUUGUCUGUUCUAGGGUGCGUGUAAAUAUCACAACUCCUUAUGUAUUAAUAUUAACAGUAUUAUUUGUAGUAUUUGUUUUUUCAAUCGGUAAUUAGUCUGUUUUACACAGUGUCUUAAUGUUAGUGUCUUAUGUCCAUAUCACAUAGUGUGGAUUUUGAAUGUGCCCAACUCACAGGAAAACAUACUUGGAUGAGAAAUGACUGCAUGUGUGAUUAUGUUUAUAAUAUCAUCUCGCCCGUGUCUGUCUUUUACCCCACAAUGUCAUGAACAUUCAGUUGCCAGUUUAUGUGGGUAAACAUAGCCAAAACUAAUGUAUUCUACCUUCAUAAAGGUUAUAAUGUUCAGUUUUUGUUGAAGCUGUUUAAGGGAGGUAAAGAUUGAACUUGGUCCCGUUAAGAACAAGUCGCAUAACACAGAUAACAUUCCCAGUUUCAGUGAACCAGUUUCACAGCCUGUCAUUAUCAAGAUAAUGACAUUUGGGCCACUGCAGAUGCACAAUAGAAACCUUUUCGAGUGAGACAUGUUUCUAGCUGUCAACAACAAUCAGUAUGAAAACCACGGUAAUUAUGAAAAUAGGCAUGGGCCGGUUACCGGGUUCAAGGUAUUCUGCGGUUUGAAAAAGUGUGUCUAAGGUAUGAGCUGUUUUUUUUAUAGUUUGAGUCUUCAAGGACAGAAAGUGCAGUUUAGAAAUCCCUCUCCCUGCCAGUGUGCGGUGUGUUUCAAAAUAAAAUACAUUGUGUUCAAUGGAAAAGUUUUUACCCAGACAUUUAAAAAAUAAUACAUUUAUAGCUGUCAUCGCAAUACCUUGAAAACGUGAUAUUUUUGCCAAAGGUUACCAUACCGUGAGAAUCUUAUACCAGCCCAAGCCUAUAUGAAAACAUUGUUUCACUAAGGAAUAACUUGCUUUAAUCACGAUCUGAGUGGAAAAUACUUGAGACAAUUGUAGGAAAAGCAAAUGCUUCUGAUGAAUUUAUUCUGAAAAUGCAAUGCUUUUUAUUUACAGUACAACUUAACUAAAGCAGUAUGGUACCUACAGCAGUUAUAAAAACAAAACAAAAAAAAACCCGAUAAAUUAGUUUUACAUUUUAUCAACUGGUGUGAUUCCGAGGAUCCUCAUCCCGUUGGCCAGGACUGAGCAGGCUCCACUGAACAGUUGUAACCUUGCCUGUUGACAUUUAGCAAAUCAGAACCUUUUUUUAAAUAUAGGUUUAAUUAUUGCAAUUAACAGAUUUUUCAUUUGUUGUAAAGUUCAUUUACAGGCAAUCACUGAUGUUAGCUUAAACUAAAAAAAGAAUUCUGUACCUGCGUUCAGGCUUUUUUACUCAUUAAUGCAUUAAAAGGCAGAUAUUUCUGUACCAUGAUGCGGACGUUGUGCUGAGAGGUAUUCCUUUUAUAUUUCAGAAUCUGAAAGAGUGAUUAUUUUCAAAUUGCAAGACUAGGACAUUAUUAGCGAUGUCUUAUACCAUGAAAACAAAAUCUGUAACCACCUGUAAAUGUUUCCAGCAAAUGUAUUCAGCUGCUGCUAAUUAACACAACUACAAAAUUAAAAGCUAGACUGUUGUCGGGUUAAUGUGUUCUCUACAUGCCAAUGUGUGUACUGUGUGUACUGUGUAUACGCGACCAAAGAUGGCUUCCUUCAAAAGUCAGCACUGUCCUGUUUCUAAUUGAUGUAACUUGUAAAUUGACUUUUCUCCCA